UGAGCUGAAUUCGGGGCGAGGCUCCCUCGGGGGGGCCCCCCCUGCGCCCCCCACCAUGGAGCCCCCCGCCCGCGCCUGCUCCUGCGGCUCCCCCUCCUCUGACAGUGAGGCCGAGGGGUCCCCCCGGGGCCCCCACAGACCCGAGCGCAGCCGGAAGAGGCCGGGGGGGCCCGACCGACCCCCCCCCGAGUCGCCACCGUCGCCCCACGAGGGGGGGAAGCGGCCGCGGAAGGGGGAGGGGGGAGACGGCCCCCCCAGCGACGGCGAUCGCCUGUUUGCCCAAAAAUGCCGGGAGCUCCGGGGCUUCAUCCGCCCGCUGGCCGAGCUGCUGGAGGGGCUGCGGAGGGGCCGCUACGACAAAGGGCUGAGCAGUUUCCAGCAGAGCGUGGCCAUGGACCGGCUGCAGCGAAUCAUCGGCGUCCUGCAGAACCCCCACAUGGGGGCUCGGUACCUGGGCACGCUGCUGCAGGUGGAGGUGAUGCUGCGCCUCUGGUUCCCCCACGUGGCCCCCAAAGCCUCUCUGGACGCCGCCGCCCCCGCCUCCGCGACCCCCGCCCGGCGCCGCCCCCCGGCCGGGCCCCCCGGCGCCCCCCGCUGCCGCCGCGCGCCCGGAGAGCCCCCCGGAGCCGGCCCCGAGGGGACCCCCCAGGAGCCCCCCCCGGCGCCGGACGAGUGA